CACCACCAUCUGACGUCGGCCUCGGCCGCCCAGGAACCCGCGGCGCCGCAGCAGCCGCACAGUGACGGCCGCACUGACUGCCGUCCUGCGCCACACUGAAGGCCCUGCAGCAACAUCGCACCGCGUGAUGGGCGGCCAAGGAGCAGCACGCGAAAGCUCGACAGCACCAGGGCGCCAGCCAAAGCCGCGCACCUCCGCUCGCCUGCGCUGCGUCCAGGCCGACCCGCUCCCGUCCCCGCUUGGCAGAGGGCCCUGCACGCCGGCGCACAGCAUCGAGCGGAGCGUGAUGUGGAGCGUCGAGAGUAUGAGCGGGUCUCGGCUCUCGGGCGCACGAGGCUCCCUCUGCUGCGACAGCUCGCGUGACCCUGGCCUGGCCUGCCUCGUCCAGGCCACGCCCAUGUUUGGCUGCAGCCAGGUGCUGCUCAUCAUCCUCCUGAGCACGCUCUCGACCACUCUGCACGAUCCUUCUCUGCACCCGCAUCUCAUCGCGCGCGGCGUGUUGAUUGACGUGCACGCCGAGAGGGACCCAUCGUGCACAUGCCGCACGCCUUCUCGCCGCGCGGCCUGCGUCCGCCAGAGUCCGCCUGAGCGGCGGUACGCACUCUGUUGCGCUCCGAGACGCAGCUGCGUGCAUGGGUGAUCGCCCUCGCGCCGCAACUCCGCCCACAAUUCGCUCCGUCGACGCUCGCUUGCGCGAUGGCGGGCCAUGGCGGCCCAAGUCGGGAGGGAGGAGGGGAUGGUCACGUGCAGGAGUGAGGCCGUUCGGAGGCCGAGGCGCGCACGUGCGGCCGUGCCUGACCAUGGCUGACCUCAGCAAGAGGCCGCCGUCGCGCUAGCCGGCCACCGCCACUCGCUCCGCUCGCCGAGGCGCGUUCGGCGUGGCCUGACGCUGAAUGCGCACCUCCCAAACCGACGCCUGCCCCAGACUGCAGCGCGGGGCACGACGUCCAGCGCCGACGUCCGCAGCCUGACUCCCUCCACCACACCCCUCAGCACACCUCACACUUCACACACACAUCUGCCAGUGCAUGGCCAUCUAGCACACCCACACACUCCUCACCAUGCCCGCCAACGCCGCCGCCUCGUCCAGCGCCCCGCGCUCCUUCGACGUC